CUCAAUAUCUCAUCACUUCUUGGAGCUCACUGCAUCACGUGGAUUUCUCCUGCCCCAUUACCCAAAAAAACCCAAAGUAAAUGUGUAAUUCUAACACCAUCCACACUCUCCCAUCAGUUAUAUAUCCCCCACACCAUCUUUCUUCGUUGCAUAAACAGACACUCUUCAGUUCAAAUCUUCUGAAAUGGAAGAGUAUCCAUCCGACUCCAACGCUUAAGCACACACCCUCUUCGUCUCUCUUCCUCACUCUUUGACUCCCAAGAUCACCAUUUUUGCCUGAUAAUACACUAUUUGUUUGAGUCUUGAUUAUACUCUGCAGUUUGCACAAUCUUUGAGAUUUUACUCAUUGGUUUGUUGUUCUGUCUGAUAACAAAGAUGGUUGAGAUGGAUGGCGUUGGCAGCAAGUAUCAUCAACAAACACUUAACUUCUCCAUCGACAUUCAUCAACAAGGAAUCUCUAAAUGUUUCGACGACGAUGGUCGCCCCAAACGAACCGGGACGGUGUGGACUGCAAGUGCACACAUAAUAACUGCAGUGAUUGGGUCUGGGGUGCUGUCUCUGGCUUGGGCUAUAGCUCAGCUUGGAUGGAUUGCUGGUCCUAUUGUCAUGGUUCUCUUUUCUGCCAUCACUUACUACACUUCCACUCUUCUCUCUGAUUGUUAUCGUACUGGUGAUCCUGUAACUGGCAAGAGAAACUACACUUACAUGGACGCUAUUCAGUCUAACUUUGGUGGAAAUGGCUUUAAGGUCAAGCUGUGUGGGCUAGUUCAGUACAUUAACCUUUUCGGAGUCGCCAUUGGUUACACUAUAGCGGCUUCCACUAGCAUGAUGGCAAUUGAAAGAUCUAAUUGUUACCACAAGAGUGGAGGGAAAGAUCCAUGUCAUAUGAACAGUAACAUGUACAUGAUUUCAUUUGGUAUAGUGGAAAUUAUUUUCUCACAAAUUCCGGGCUUCGAUCAAUUGUGGUGGCUCUCCAUUGUAGCUGCUGUCAUGUCCUUCACAUACUCCACUAUUGGGCUAGGCCUUGGUAUUGGAAAAGUUAUUGAAAAUAGAGGAGUCGGGGGAAGCCUAACCGGGAUAACAAUUGGUACCGUGACACAAACUGAAAAAGUUUGGAGAACCAUGCAAGCUCUUGGUGACAUAGCCUUUGCCUAUUCAUACUCCCUCAUCCUUGUAGAAAUUCAGGACACAGUGAAAUCCCCUCCAUCAGAGUCAAAAACAAUGAAGAAGGCUAGUUUCAUCAGUGUUGCAGUAACCAGCAUUUUCUACAUGCUUUGUGGUUGCUUUGGUUAUGCUGCUUUUGGAGAUGCAAGCCCUGGAAACCUUCUCACUGGCUUUGGUUUCUACAACCCAUAUUGGCUCCUUGACAUAGCUAAUGCUGCCAUAGUGAUCCACCUUGUUGGUUCAUACCAAGUUUACUGCCAGCCCCUCUUCGCCUUCGUUGAGAAACACGCGGCGCGUAUGCUCCCAGAUAGUGAUUUUGUGAACAAAGAAAUUGAAAUUCCAAUCCCUGGUUUCCAUUCCUACAAGGUCAACCUCUUCAGAUUGGUUUGGAGGACAAUAUAUGUAAUGGUGAGCACUGUAAUAUCAAUGCUCCUCCCAUUCUUCAAUGACAUAGGGGGACUUCUUGGAGCAUUUGGAUUUUGGCCCCUUACUGUGUAUUUCCCAGUGGAGAUGUACAUUAAUCAAAAGAGAAUACCAAAAUGGAGCACAAAGUGGAUCUGCCUCCAAAUACUUAGCAUGGCUUGCCUUUUGAUGACUAUAGGAGCUGCAGCUGGCUCUAUUGCUGGGAUUGCCAUUGAUCUUCAAACUUACAAGCCUUUCAAAACCAACUAUUGAUUAAACUAUGAUUGCCAUUUAUAGAGAUUUCAGAAACAAAAUUUAACUUCUUGGUCAUGUUCAUAUGAAGCCAAGGAUGUAUGGUUGUCUUGUUUGUUUAUGGCCUAGCAGCCCUAUAUGUGUUCCACUUCUUUCUACUGUAUCUGUUACUCUCUAACUCUUUCUUCAACCUAAUUCAAAAUGGAAGAAGGGAAGUAAAACAAUAAAAGCA